GAGGGUGAGGGGGUGGGGUUCAUUAUAAAAAGGAAAGCAAUACUGUCAAAACUAAACAUGUAUAUUUAGCAGUAAAAAAGAAUCCUCUCUAAGUAAGUUCACUGUUGCCGAGACUAUGCCUUGGAACGCCAGGGCACCGAGCACCUGUGGCUGGAGGGACUACAAGACCAAGAAGCAAUGCAAAAAAACAUCCUUCGCUUUCUACCAGGCUGUGCGAGACUUGCUGCCGGUGUGGGUCCUGGAGAACACGCGGACUAUGGAGGCGUUUCACUGGGAAGAGGACGGGAGGGCAUGCGCCUACUCCCCCUCGGAAGCUCUGCUGUACGCCCUGGUCCACGACCACCAGCCGUACGCGCGGUACCUGCUCACCAAGUACCCGGGAAGCGUCCUGGACAUGCCAAGCAAGAGCUUCUGCUGCUGCUGCUGCCACUGCCAGUCGGGCUCGUCGGCGCCUCACCUCGCCAUGGCAGUGCGCUACAACCGCAUCAACAUACUGAAAAUGAUUCUAAAAACCCUGGAGGAGGACUUUGCCGAAAGCGACCGGGUCGGCUACAUGAACCGACGGGGCUGCGUCCACGUAGGAGGCAAAACGCCCGUGCAUCUCGCAUGCGACCUGGCCAGACCCGAGUGUUUGCUUCUGUUGCUAGGACACGCCGCGUCUCCAUCUGUCACGGACUGUAGCGGCAACACCCCCUUGGACACGCUGCUGCAGCAGAUCUGCCACAGCGAGCUCGACGCACGCCUCAAGCGCGUCUGCCUGAGCCAUCUGACACUGUUCAUGCCGGAGCUCAGGUUCAAAAUGAAAAAACAGCUUCUGGACAACGAGGAGCUGUGGCAGAGCUUGAUAGGGGAGCAAACCUUCCAGUGGCUGUCAGGACAGUCCCCUCCCUCCAUGUUUAUGAGCUGCAUGCAAAGCCUGAUCAGGACCAUCUCUCCGGAACACUUUCCCGAGGGACUGGAGGCACUGCCGGUGCCAGACUUUCUGAAACCUUUGGACUUCAGGCUGCAGUAAGCCUCGGGGGAGGAAAAACAAAAUAUAAACAGACAUGACUUUAAAAAGGAGGUUUAAUUCAAGUAAUCUAAGGAAAUAUGAUUUAGGGAUUCAUAUACACUGUAUAUUUGUGUUCAGUUGUUGUUUUCAUGGUUUGUAGAAGAGAGGGCAGGGAAGGCACAUUUGGAAUCUGUUUUACAAGAGUCAGGAAGCAAAGCAGUGAUGCAGUGUUUGCAAACACUUCAAUAAAAACAAGUGUUUACAUUGAA